ACUUUGAAUCUGUCGCGGUCGCUCAUCGCAACCAGACUAGCCAUGGCGCCCAUUGCGACGACUACGAUCACCCCACAGGCAAGCACCAACCGAGAAGCGCUUCCCAAGAUUCUCCUGCUGGAUGAAGUCCAUCUCGCAAAAGACGAGCUCGCUGAGCUGCAGGGGAAAGCGACGGUCCUCCUCUCCAAGGCCGUCUCGCGCGCGCAGCUCAUGGCCAUGUUUGCUCCCGGCGGCGAGUACGACGACAUUGCUGGCAUCUAUCGCCACUUUGGCGCGGGUCGGUCUGUGAAGCUCACGGGUCGCUUCGAUGCCGAGCUGGUGGCCGCCUUGCCCAAAUCGAUGCGUUUUAUUGUCCACAACGGCGCCGGGUACGACCAGCUGGACGUUGCCGCCCUCUCCUCGCGCAACAUUCAGGCCUCGAAUGUGCCCCAGGCCGUCGACGAUGCUACCUCGGACAUUGCCCUCUUUCUCCUCCUCGGCGCACUGCGCAGGAUACCUGCUGCUCAGCUGCAGCUUGCGCAGGGCUACUUCAACUCGCACUUUGCAUCCACGUCGGCACGCGACCCUCGGGGAAAGGUGCUCGGCAUCGUGGGCGCCGGUGGCAUCGGGCGGGCACUAGCGUACAAGGCCUCGCACGCACUCGGCAUGAGCGUCAUCUACCACAACCGCCGGCCGCUGACCAUGGAGGAAGAGGAGGCGGCAGCAAAAGGCGGCAUGGCGUAUGUGCCCACUCUGGAAGGGCUGCUGGAGCGCGCCGACGUGGUGUCACUGCACUGCCCACUGACGCAAGAGACGCGGGGUCUCAUUGGCCGCGCCCAACUGGCGCGCAUGAAACCAAGCGCCGUCCUCAUAAACACAGCCCGGGGUGCCAUUGUCAAGGAAGAGGAGCUUGCAGAGGCGCUAGAGAACAGCGUCAUUGGCGGUGCAGGACUCGAUGUCUACGAGGUCGAGCCUGCGGUGCACGCUAGACUCGUGGCACAGAAAGACAAGGUGCUGCUGCUUCCCCACAUUGGCACCCUCACCUAUGAGACACAGCGGGAGAUGGAGGCCGUCUGCUUGCGCAAUCUCAUUGCUGGACUGGACACGGGCAGGCUCAAAUUCACCGUACCCGAGCAGCAAAGUGUAUGCUUCCAGUAGAUACGUGCUUGUUCCAAUGUCACACGUUGGA